CUAUUCCAAGAUCUGCAGGGUCCUGGGGUUUGUGUCUGUGAGUGGAUGGGUGAAAGGAAACCUAGCUAAUGCCUCACCCAAAGCUGAGUAAAGCAAGGGCUGUUCCCAAGGUUUCCUGCAGGAAGGUGGUUUUCGAGAAAAAUGGACAAGAGCACUUCCGUUAGAGGGGGAUAUUUUAUCUAUAAAAGGAUCUCCUGAAUGGUCUGCUGAAGCCUUGUUUUUCCUCUCUCCAGCAGAAAGUGGGUGUCUUGAAACAGGCCUAGGGGUUUCUGACCCUUCUGGCCCCUGCACCAUGACCACAGUUAGUGUCAAGCCGAGUCAGCGCUUCCAGCUGUCUGACUGGUACACCAAUAGCUACCUGUUGUCCACCAAUGCUGAGAGGCAGCGAGAUGCUUCCCAUCAGAUCCGCCAGGAGGCCCGUGUCCUCCGCAACGAGACCAACAACCAGACCAUUUGGGAUGAACAUGACAAUAGGACUCGACUGGCAGAGAGGAUUGAUACGGUCAACCGGUGGAAGGAGAUGCUGGACAAGUGUCUAACAGAUUUAGAUGCUGAGAUCGAUGCCCUGACACAGAUGAAGGAGUCAGCAGAGCAAAACCUGCAGGCCAAGAACCUGCCUCUGGAUGUGGCAAUUGAGUGCCUUACUCUGCGGGACCGUCGGCGAGACAUUGAUAUGGUGAAUGACACUGUGGAAGAUGAGCUGCACAAAGAGGUGGAGGUCAUUGAUGCCACCAAGAAGGCCUUGCAACAGAAGAUUGACCAGGCAUUCGAGCAGCUCUGCCUCCUACAGGAAGUCCGACAGCAGCUUAACUGUGAUCAUCGGGGCAAAAUGGAGACACUGGAGAUUGACAGAGGUUGCCUCUCUCUCAACGUCAACUCUCCAAACAUCUCUCUGAAGGUCAAUCCUACACGCAUCCCCAAUGGCUCCUCCACACUCCAGCAGUGGGAUGACUUCAGUCAAUUCAGCAAGAAUCGAGCAGAGGCUGAGAUGAAAGCAGCCAUAGAGCUGAGGGAGACCAUAGCCCUAACUAUUGCUGAGACCAAUAAUGAACUUGAAGCCCAGAGGGUUGCAACAGAAUUUGCCUUCAGGAAGAGACUUCGGGAGAGGGAGAAAGUGUACAGUGAGCUCAGGUGGCAAGAGAAGAAUGUGAGCUUUUGUGUAAUCUCCCGGGGUCUGGAGUUCCUUCAGUGGGAUGGGGCACCCGAUACCCUGCCAAGAAGCCCUGGAUUCAGUGCACCAUGGUGGGUUCGGCUGGUGGAGACCCAGUCACUCUGUCCCCUGCAGACCUUGGAGGAGAUUGCCGAGUUGCAGGAGGACAUCCGGCACCUAGAGGAGGAUCUGCGGAGAAAGUUUCUGAGCUUGAAGCUGUCACAUACCCGGCUGGAGUCCAGAAGCUACCGGCCCAAUGUGGAACUCUGCCGAGAUCAGGCACAGUAUGGCCUCACCGACGAGGUUCACCAGUUAGAGGCAACCAUCAGUGCCCUGAAGCAGAAGCUGGCACAAGCACAGGAUGCUCUAGAUGCCCUACACAAGCACCUGGCCCGGCUGCAGGCUGACAUCGCCUGCAAGGCCAACUCCAUGCUGUUGGACACCAAGUGCAUGGACACCCGUCGGAAGCUGACAGUGCCAGCUGAGAAGUUUGUGCCUGAGGUGGACACCUUCACCCGCACCACAAACCGCACCCUGAGUCCACUCAAAAGCCGCCAGCUGGAGCUGGCCUAGCCUCAAGGGGGUAGUGGGAGAGGGAGGUUGGGUGGGAAAGGAAGAGAGAGGGGAGAGAGACUGAAAUUAAUAAAUGCUCCAGACUGUU